GUUCAAAAUGGAGUCUUUGCUUGUUGGGUCGGAUUGGGUAACUGUUGGUGCUCACAACAAAGUGAGGUGAGGCACCAAAAUAAAAAGAAAGGUACGGGGCCUCAUUUCCCAUCUUUUUCUCUCCUCUUUAUUUCUUUUCAUAACAGCACUCCACAAGCUACAUCCUCGUUGCCACCAGCUUACUUGCGUGCCUGCCUAACCAAUACAGAAAGUUUUAUCCAUCCGAAUCGACCAACCUCUGAAUGACAGACAAUCCUCCUAUCGACCAGCCCGAACACGAACGUUUAGGGAACCAACACCCAUCUCAGCAAGAAUACGACUCUCAGGAGCAACACCAGCAUCGGUAUGAGGAUCCCUCGCUUACCAGUACCCAGAGCACUGAUGCCAGUCUGAACACCGUGCUGGCUGCACCAACUACGGCCUCCACUGCCAGCCCCACCACCCCUGCCAACAGGAACAACCUUUCGUUUGCCCCUGCGGACACCAUGCAUGAUAUUGGCAGCAAUCACACUGCCGACAGCACCGCUGCCAACGUCCCCACAACUUUGACCAGCAUCAACCCCUCGACUGCCGAGGGCUACUCGAUUUAUUCCAAUAUCAAGGAUGGCAAGGCCAGUAUUGAGCACCAGAUUGAAAUCAAUGUUGUUGAUCUGUUCGAUGUCCAGAGCAACAAGGAGAUCUCGUUGGAGGAAGUAAUGGAUGGCCUCCGCUAUGUGAUGGAGUACCGUAUCAAGGGCGGACGAUUCCCUAGUCUCGACUACGAUAUCAUGAAGCGUCUUGCUGACGGUCUGCUGCAGAACAUGGGCGCUGUCGAUAAAAAGCGCAAGUUCCGUCAAAAGUUGACUGAGGAGGCCGAUGUUGCCUUCCAGCUCUUUGGAGAGUUCAUUCUUGAAGUCAAGGAGUUCCGUCAGGCAGUCGGUGAAAAGCCAGUGUCUGAUCUCCGUUACGCACUUAAGCUGGAUGUCCGUUGCGAUUCAGGGGCGACUGAGCAGCAGCAAAAGGCGGCCGUGGCAUUGAUCGCGCUACUGACAACCAUCUACCCUCAGUUCUCGGACUGGCGCGAAUUGGUCAAGAGCGAUGGACAGUCUGACGUCCAGAAAUGCAUGAAGGAUCACGCAGAAUACGUCAAGGCAGAGAAGAUGCCCGAGAUGGGCGGCGUUGUUCUCGCACCUCAAGCCCUGUGCUUCGAUCGCAGGAUAAAGAGAUGCUUAAAGAUGUUCAGGACCUCGCUGGAGACCGGUCUGCCGUCCGAGGCAAUCCCUGAUCUGCAGGCGCAUUACGGAAAAAACAUCCUUCCAGAGCCGCCUCGCACUUCGAUCUUCAAGAUGCUCUGGACCCAAUUCACGGACUUUAUGAUUCUACUGCUCUUGGCGGUUACUAUUCUUGAAGCUGCCACCAAGGAGUUUAUCGCAAUGGGUGUCCUUCUGUUUGUCGUCAUCCUCAAUGCCAUCAUCGGAUUCACUCAGGAAUACAAGGCUGGAAAGGCUCUGGAUGCUCUGUCUAAACUAUCGGUUCCCAAGGCCCAGGUUCUCCGCGACGGAAAGACGUUCAUGAUUAACUCGGAAGAGCUUGUCCCUGGUGACAUCGUUAUUUUGGAGGAGGGAGAAUCGGUACCAGCGGAUUUGCGUUUGGCCGAGGUUUCUCAGCUGGAGGUUAUUGAGUCCAUCUUGACCGGAGAGUCUGUUGCCGUCAACAAGGAUCCCAAGGAGAUCAAGACCCUUACUCGCAAGCUCCCUCUUGGCGACUGUAAGGGAAACGCAUUCAUGUCGACGGUUGUUGCCAAGGGUCGUGGAAAGGGUAUUGUCGUCCGCACUGGACGAUUGACAGAAAUGGGCAAGAUUAGUGCCGCCAUCGCUGGUGCACCAAAGACUCUGACCCCGGUUCAGCGCAAGCUAGCCUUGCUUGGAAAGUUGUUGGUCGUUUUCGCUAUCGUUCUGUGCGCUAUCAUGGCUGGCGUCAAGAUUGCCUAUAAGAACCCCGUGAAAGAAUCAUUGGAAAUCGCCAUUAGUUUGGCUGUCUCGGUCAUCCCCGAGGGUCUAGUCGCCGUCACCACUGUCACUAUGGCCUUGGGAGUCCGUCGUAUGGCUGCCCGGAAAACAAUCGUCCGCACGCUCCCUGCUGUCGAAACCCUCGGAAGCGUCACUUUCAUUUGCUCAGACAAAACAGGAACUCUGACUGAAGGCAAGAUGGGUGCGGCUGAACUCUGGACAAGUGAGGGUGUCACCUAUGGCUUCACCGAGAGCACAAGUCUGGACCCCAACAAGGGCGAUGUCACUCUCAAGUCCGCCUCGGGUGAAGAACCCAUGGUUAUGAGCAAGACUCUCAAUGAUGUCCCCGCUCAGAUGUUGGUCUCGCUCAUGGUUUCGUCUCUCUGCAACAACUCGUCCGUCGUGCAGAAGGAAAAGGAUGAGGUCGAAGAGGUCCCAGCGACAACUGUUCCUAUUGACACAGCAUAUGAUAAGACCGCGGAGGAAACAUCGACGAACCUUGAAUGGAAGGGAAUUGGUGACCCUACCGAGGUCGCAUUGGUGGUCGCUGCCCAGAAGGCAGGUUUCCCUAAGACAAUCUUCCAGGAGCUCGGCUACACUCGCAUUUACGAGCAAGCCUUUGACAGUGAACGCAAAGUCAUGAGUGUCGUCUACAAGGCUCCGCUCGACAGCGCCAAUGCUGGCGGUGAUCAUUACGAAUUCGUGCUGGCUAAGGGUGCGCCCGAGGAGAUCCUUAACCGCUGUGUUGGCUAUCUUCCGCCUUUGGCACAGGGUUCGGUGUCGUCGCCAUUGGAUAUCCUGAAGCCAAGCGAGCAGGAGCAUUCAGCGCCCGUUACCGAGGACUUUUACGAUCAGGUUUCGGAGGCGUCGGGAAGAAUGGCGGAUGGAGGUCUUCGUGUGCUAGGCUUGGCUUUCAAGAAGGUCAAGGUGAACGGUGGUGGGGCUGUGGAGUCGAAGGUCGGCGAUGGACUGGACCAUAUCGACAAGAUCAAGGAUGAGAAGGAAGUCCCUGCGUCCACUUUGAAGCCCACUAAGCUCGAUCUCAUGACUGCCGCUAAUACCAACCAAGCCGACGACGAUGAUGAUGAUGAGGAAAUUCCUCCAGGCUACGCUGAGAGUGAUCUCGUCUUCCUUGGUCUCAUCGGUUUGAUCGAUCCCGCUCGUGAGGGUGUUCAGGAGAGUGUCCGUAUUUGCAAGGAGGCUGGAAUCAGUGUCGUUAUGAUUACUGGUGACCAUAUCAAGACCGCCAGCGCCAUUGCUAGGGAACUUGGAAUCUUGGAAGAGAAUGGUCGCGCUAUCAAGGGUGAAGAACUGGAUCUUUUGUCUGAGCAGGCCAUUGCGGAGCUGAAACCGUUCCCCAAUGUCUUUGCGCGUGUGUCCCCCGACAACAAGUUGAAGCUGGUGAAGGCGUUGCAGAGUCGUGGUGAGUCUGUCGCCAUGACAGGCGACGGUGUCAACGAUGCACCGGCUAUCAAGGCUGCGAACGUUGGUGUCGCUAUGGGUAUCGCAGGAACGGAAAUUACGAAGCAGGCUGCUGAUAUUGUUCUCGCCAACGACAACUUCAAUACGAUUGUGGAGGCUGUUGAGGAGGGUAGACGUGUUUUUGACAACAUUCUCAAGUUCAUUGUCUACCUGCUGAGCUGUAACUGUGCAGAGAUCUUCCUGUUCUUGCUCUGUGCCAUUGUGAACGUUGAACUUCCUUUCACAGUUGUGAUGGUCCUUUGGGCUAACAUUAUCGCCGAUGUUCCGCCUGCCAUGGCUUUGGGUACCGAGCCUGCUGAGCCAGGUCUGAUGAACCGGAGACCACGAUCCCCCAAGCGCGGAAUCCUGACCAAGACCUCUAUUGGCGUGAUUCUCUUCCAAUCGAUGGUCAUGACCCUCUUGACCUUUGGCGUUUACAUGAUGAACGACCGAUCGGAUCCUGAAAAGGAGCGCCACGCCCAGGUCGAGUCCUUCAGUGUCCUGACGACCCUUCAAUUGCUCCAAGGUUUCCUCUCAAGGACCAUGAGGACGUCUGUGUUCAGGGUCAACUUUAUGAGCAACCGCUGGAUGAUUUUCGGUGUACUUCUCAGCUUCGUGCUGAUGAUCAUCGGUGUCUACGUCCCCGGUUUUAACCACGUCUUGGAUCUGCAGCCGAUCAACGCACUUUCUUGGGCCAAGAUUGCAGUCUGCUGCGUGAUCUUGGUAGUCUUGAGCGAGCUUGAGAAGCUGCUCCUUCGUAUCACCAACUGGACCAUCUAAACACUCACUAGUUCGAAGCGCUAUCGCUUUAUCAUAUUCCACUUCUCUCAACACAUUCCGCUCCUCUCAACACAUUCCACUCUUCUCAACACAUUCCACUCUUCUCAACACAUUCCACUCCUCUCAACACAUUCCACUCCUCUCAACGCUUUC